ACCUCAGAUGUGCAGCUGGUGACUGGAUCCACACGGCUAAGGACAGUGUGGACACAUUGGAACGUGGCUGCAGGAAGAUUCCUUGCCUGCACACCUGGAGAGCAGUAAGAAGGAACUUGUCAAAAUCCAAUGGAUUGGAAUGAGAUCUCAGAGGACAUUAAGAAAGUGGAACGUCGCAUUGUUGAAAAAGUCAUUGAUGACUUCACGGAAAAGUUCUUAAGAACAGAUCUGAGGAGCCUUAUAACCGAAGAAGGAGCCUGGAAUGGAUUUGUGGAAGCAGCAGAGUUGACAAGCGAGGAGGGAGAAGCACUGCGUGAUGCUCUGAAGGAACGUUUAGCACAGGAUCCCACAGAUGAAAAUGACAGACCUCAAAGGGAGCAGCAGAAAGAGCGGCUUCUGCGAGAGUUUCCUAAGUUGAAGAAGAAACUUGAGGACCACAUUAGGAAGCUCCGAGAGCUGGCUGACAAAUUUGACCAGGUGCACAAGGACUGCACCGUCUCCAAUGUGGUGUCCACUUCUGUUAGUGCUGCCUCCGGAGUCCUGGCCCUCCUUGGUUUGGUUCUGUCAAUCCCUACAGCAGGGGUCAGUCUGGCACUUUCAGCAUCUUCUGUGGCUCUGGGAGCAACAUCAUCUGUGAGUAGUUUUACGACCACAGCUGUGGAAGAAUCAAUGAGACUGUCAUAUGAAUCUGAAGCCAGAUACCUGAUUGGAGCCAGCAUGAAUGUUCUUGAAGAGAUUUUAAAGAUCAUGCCUAAGAUCACAGACAAGUUUUGUAAUACAGUUGCAGAUUUAGUCGAAGCCUUUAAAACCCUCAAGGGUCAGAUCCAAACCAUCAGGAGAGCCAGGUCCAUCUCUCACCCGGGAACACAGGCCAGGAACCUCACAUCCACUGGAAGAAGCUCUGGGCAGGGUGUCCCCCAGAUGACCAGAGGGGCCAGGUUUCAAGGAGUGUUUAAGAGUGUGCUCCUUGUGUGGGAUGUGUAUGACAUUGUGAACCAAUCAAAGGAUCUGUAUUAUGGGGCAAAAACAAAGUCAGGUGGAGCACUGAGGGACCUGGCUCACAAGCUGGAGGAGAACCUUCAGAAAUUUGAGCAGAAGUACAAGGCUCUGCAGUCAGACCUGCCUCAGUGACGCCCUCCGCUAAGCAGCUUAGAGUUCAGGGGAGAUGAUGCUUACAGGGGUGGGGGAACUUUUUUCAAACAUUAAUGUCAGAAAUAUUUAUUUUCUAGAAGAUCACACAAAGGGUGGUAGGAAGGGAGAAGGUAAAGUGUCUUACA